UCUUCUCUCUCUUCCUUAGUCUUUAGCGCAGAAACAGAGUCAGAGUCAGAGCAAUGGCGGCAAAAAGCAAGAAGAAGAAGAUCCUGAAGACUGUCUCCGUUGUCGAUAUAAGCUGCAGCCACUGUAUAAAACCAACCUUGUCCUCUUUUCUCAACCUUUUCUCCAAAAAGCCCAAACCUCCCAGCUCCUCUAGCUACCGUCACUACCACUCCUCCUCCAUCUCAUCCGCCACACCCUCCUCCACGCCUCUGUCCACCGCUGCCGUCGCCGUCGAGAAAGAUUCCGACGAUCCUUACCUAGACUUCCGCCAGUCUAUGCUUCAAAUGAUACUAGAGAACCAUAUUUAUACAAAAGACGAACUCAGAGAGCUUCUUCAGUGUUUCCUCAGCAUCAACUCGCACUAUCAUCACGGCAUCAUCGUUCGUGCCUUCUCGGAGAUAUGGGAAGACGUCUCCUCCGCCGCCGCUUCCGCCGUCCAAGCGUCCCCUCUCGUCACCCGUCACGUGUCACGGGCCUCACGUGAUUACUAUAAUAACUAUUACUAGGCUAAUUAAUAAAAAUGAAUAGGGAAGUAACCUAAGCGUGAUCGUAAUAACUCCUUUUUAAUUAAGAUCAUGUCACGUCAUCAGUGUAUUGACACGCGGGAAAACGUGUAAUAUGGUGAUUAAGCUCUUACUUUAUCCUUAGCUUUUGGGCUUGUUCGUCUAAUACUAAUGUUAUCCAACUUUGUA